CUCCCAGAGAACGGUUACUUCUACCGCGACCAUACCCACAACUGCCGGUACCAAAGAUCAAUCUCAGCCAAUGGAUACAUGCGGGGUUUUGUGCAGUAUUACCGCCAUACUGAUAAUUUUAACACCCCAUGCCACUUCCUCUUUUACCAAUAACACGAAUACCUCGGCGCCCUCUAUCGGAAAUGGAUCGGUCUCCCAGAGACAUAACAGCGACAACGCUACUGAGUCCGCUCCUGCUGCUACAAGAUCUGCGCCAAAUUCCAUUUUAAACAAACCAGACACGGCCAACAACAACAACAACAACAACAACGUGGGUAUCGCCUCCCAGAGAAGGGUUACUUCUACAUGUACCGCGACCACGCCCACAACUGUCCAAAGUACUCCGCUGCCCGUUGGCUUUUUCUACACUGUUGUUGUGUUCGUUACACUGUUGCCUUGUGUAGCUCUACUUUGUUGCUGUCUAAACAGUGAAUCAGAUCCCGAAUCCACAAGCACGGUUGCACAAACGGUUGAAAUGAGAAGAGGGUAUCGUCGCAUUGACAUUGGAUCAGUGCCAGAUGAAAAUUGCUCACGAGAGGUUAAAAAACACGAGUCAUGUUUGUCAAAAAUUGAACCACGGUUUCUGUUCGCAAAGCCUUAAAAUAAGCAAUUCUAAAAC